AUGUCAAGCUUCAUCCGGCGGUCGACAGGCCUUGCGCGCAUCACAAAGUCCUCUCUCAAUGUCUACACGCGUGCGAGCCUGAGGACGACGCGGUUCUCGCAGGUCCCGUCUGCUGUCUGGGCUGCGCGCCACCAGCAGCUACGAUACUACUCGAGUGAAAACAAGGAUCCCAAGAAGAGCGCAUCCGAGAAGAAGAAUGGCGCAUCAGAUUCGCAACCCGAGGUCCAAAGCACUUCAUCCCCCGGGCCUGCCAAAGCUGAAGAUGCGCAACAGGAGCAGCGGCCGCCUCUGCCCGAAGGAUGGGUCUACCUCAACGAUGCCGAGUACGAGGAGCUCGCAAACGCCGCCAAGGAAGGCCUCAAGUGGAUGCCCAAGUUCAAAGGACACGGUCCGGAAGAUGUGGUGAAGGAACUGAAAACUACCGGCGUUCCCAAGGAUCUACAGCAGCUCAUUCAGAAAAAGGUCAACGGCACCUGGACCCUCACGGAUGCUGGCAAGUACAUCAAAUCCAUCAACUCUCUCUCCAAUGAUAUUGCGGAAAGAAUGUUUGAUAAGGAACUGGGGGAGAAGCCAAGUAAAACGUUAUUUGAAAAAGAAAAGCGUAAGAAGAGCGAAGACGACAAGAAGUCUUCGACCGGGUCGCAGUUCUUUUCUCAGGGCAGUGGCAAGGGCAAGAGCUCUGGCCCCAACAAUGGGCCACCAGAAAACCCCCUCAAGGGCAACGACUGGCUCACUACAAUCAUUGGUUCUCUUGUCGCUUACUGGAUCUACAACUCCAUCUUUACUGGCGAUAGCCGUGAGAUCACAUGGCAAGAGCUACGCAAGAACUUCUUGGACAAGGGUUUGGUUGAGAGAAUGGUUGUCAGCGGCAACCAAGUCAGAGUGGACCUGAAUAUAGAGGCCACCCGUUCCAUGUACCCCGACUCUGCUGCGACAAGCCCUGGCUUCCACUACUACUUCACCAUUGGUUCCGUUGAUGCCUUUGAGCGACGAUUGGACGAGGCGCAAAAGGAACUCGGCAUUCCCCCGACAGAGAGGAUACCCGUCAGCUACCAGGGACAAAGUGGUCUCGCCAGUAUCGCAUUGGCCUUUGGACCUACGUUACUCUUUGUUGGUCUGCUCUACUGGGUCUCCCGCCGUGGCCCGGGAGCUGGUGGCGGUGCUGGCGGCAUGUUCGGUUUCGGCAAGAGCAAGGCCAAGCGCUUCAAUCACGAGUCUGCUGUCAAGGUUAAAUUUAGCGAUGUUGCCGGUAUGGACGAGGCCAAGCAAGAAAUCAUGGAAUUCGUCAGUUUUCUGCAGAAGCCCGAAAAGUUCCAGCGUUUGGGAGCCAAGAUCCCCCGUGGUGCCAUUCUCGCAGGUCCUCCCGGUACAGGUAAGACUCUAUUGGCAAAGGCCACGGCUGGAGAGUCUGGCGUUCCAUUCUUCAGUGUCAGCGGUUCUGAAUUCGUCGAAAUGUUUGUUGGUGUCGGUGCUUCCAGAGUACGAGACUUGUUUUCGACCGCGCGGAAGAACACUCCUUGUAUUAUCUUCAUUGAUGAAAUCGACGCCAUCGGUCGGUCUCGAUCGGAAGGUGGCGGCAAGUGGAGCGGCGGUAACGAUGAGCGUGAGGCGACUCUCAAUCAAAUCCUGACGGAGAUGGACGGCUUCAACACGACGGAGCAGGUGGUCGUGCUGGCCGGCACCAACAGAGCAGAUGUCCUUGACAAGGCUCUCAUGAGACCGGGCCGAUUCGAUCGUCACAUCAACAUUGACAGGCCCACAAUGUCCGGCAGACAGGAUAUCUUCAAGGUCUACUUGAAGAAGGUUGUCACAAAUGAGGAGAUAGAACAUUUGAGCGGCAGAUUGGCAGCUUUGACACCUGGUUUCGCAGGUGCUGACAUUGCAAACUGUGUCAACGAAGCUGCACUGGUCGCCGCGAGAGCCAAUGCUCCAUCCAUCACCAUGAAACACUUUGAGCAAGCCAUCGAGCGUGUCAUUGGUGGUCUUGAGCGCAAGUCCCUGGUUCUGAGCCCCGAGGAGAAGAGGACGGUUGCCUAUCACGAGGCUGGUCAUGCUAUCUGUGGUUGGUUUUUCCGAUGGGCCGAUCCUCUAUUGAAGGUGUCCAUUAUCCCGCGUGGCUCUGGUGCGCUCGGUUAUGCCCAGUACCUCCCGGGUGAUGUCUACCUCAUGACGGAGAGGCAACUCCUCGAUCGCAUGGCCAUGACUCUGGGUGGCCGCAUUUCAGAGGAAUUGCACUUCCCGACCGUGACUACGGGAGCCAGCGAUGACUUCAAGAAGGUCACCAACAUGGCCACGGCCAUGGUCACACAAUGGGGCAUGUCAGACAAGCUGGGACCGCUCCACUUUAAGAAUGACGAGAACCAAUUCUUGAAGCCGUUUGCCGAGUCGACUGCCCAGACUAUCGAUGCCGAGGUGCGCCGCAUUGUCGACGAGGCAUACAAGCAAUGCAAGGAUCUCCUCAUUGAGAAGAAGAAGGAGGUGGGCAUUGUUGCAGAGGAACUUCUGUCAAAGGAGGUUCUUACGCGAGACGACAUGGUUCGACUUUUGGGCAAGAGACCCUUCGACGACCGCGAGGAGUUCAACAAGUACUUUGGAGGAGACCCAAACAAGCCUACCCCUGGCCAGGAGAGCAUCCCACCCUCACCGCCCAGCGGCGGGCUAGAUUCGCCAGGCGUCCCACCCCAGCCGGCGAUCUUUGAACAGCUCAAGGGAGACGAGUCCAGGAGGUAA